ACCAUACACAAUAAUGGGAAAAGCAGUUGUGGGAUCAGAUGAAAUAUUUUGAAAAAAUGUGUGAAUAUCCUAGUUUUGUAUUUCCAACUCACACUCGUGGUUACAGUAAACACAAUCAACAAGCAUUUACAGAUUAUGGAUGCUGGGAAUCUGUGGACAUUGAUGUUGAUGAGAAUGAAUCUCAAGUCAUUGUCCGAAAGCAUCGGUCACAGCAUACAUCUGACAGUACUUUGGAAACACCAUUGAGCAAGACAAUUGAUUCCAGAGUUCUAACACCAACACAUGAUUUUUUCACAUUGGGAAAACCUGCCUAUUUUCCCAAACUUAUUGAAGAUGAUAUUACCUUUGCUAAAUUGUUCAAAGAGAGAGUCAUAUUUGAACAAGGAAGAAAGCGAUCUCAUAAAGAUUACAGAAAAGACAGCUCUCAUAUACUGACAAUACCUGUUGAAAAAUACAUAAACAAUUUAAUCGAGGAUCAUCCAGAUAUAACUGGUCAAUGUUUUGAUGAAAUUAUUCAACCGAUCAUUAACAGUUUGCCGUCCAGGAAGAAAAAAAAACGUUUUCGAAGACAUAUGUAUUUGAAACACAUCGAUCCUUCACUGUGUGAUGUUGGGACAAAAUUACUUCGAGAUAUUGUUAGAAAAGAAUCUCAAACUGAGAUUUUGAAAAGAUAUUGUGAUCGAGAUUAUUCUGGAGGCUGCUUGUCGUACAGUCAUAUUGGAAAAAGAAAUGGGAAACAGUAUGGAAUUAUUGUCUGUCCACAAGGUCAAUGUCUUGAUGAGCUAUGCAUUAAAAGUUUAACAAUUGAUAUGAAGAAUGGGCUAGAAAAUGACGUAGACUCACAAGGCUCAUCUGUUUGCAAUAAUCAAGGACAGAAUUUGUUUCCCAAACUACUUCUUGGAUCUGAAAACCGUCAGUCGUUGAAUGGAAGAAUUCUUCAGAUCGAUGUUACUUGUCCUGAAACAGCCGACAAUUUUCUUAUCUGUGCAAGAUCCGAUUAUCAUGUUUUAUUAAACAAGUUUGACAGCCAUCAGUUGGAAUGGAAUGAUGAAGAAGACAGGGCUUCUUUUUCAAAUGACACAGUUCCACUUUCUUCACUUGGUUUGCUAAAAACAUCAGGAUCCAGUCACAUAUCGAGCAUAGCAUUAAGUCCAUUCAUUCCAGGAGAAUGUGUUGUAGCCACUGCAGAUAGAUGUGUGAGAAUGUGGACUCCUGAUGCCGAUAAAAGUCCUAAUAUGGCCUCACAGGGUUCAAUUCACAAUCUUGAAAUACUGUUGAAUGGUACAAUGGGAGGAUUGAGAUCUUCAAAUACAUGGAGACAAGUUUGCUUUGCUGCUCACCCGAGACAAAUAUAUAUAACUGAUGAUGAAAAUGUGUGUUUGUUUGAUAUUAGGACGCAGAACAGUUAUAGAAGUUUAUUCAAUGUUCACACAUCUAAACACGCAAAAGAACAUGAAAAGAUUUAUGCUAUCGAGAGCUGCAGGAGGAUUGAAAAUAACUACGAAUGUCUCAUCGCAACUAAUUAUAAUUUAUACCUGUUUGACCAACGACAUUGCGGUCAGCCAUUGAUGCAGUGGGGAACGAACAUGACAUUUCCACCUCAAUAUGUUAAGAUUUCUAAAGUUUGUCAAUCGAGUAUCGUGGAUGAAGUAUAUCCUGAUAUUGCAUGGUCACAAUCUACAUCUGCUAUUUUGGUUGGGAACCAAAAUGCACAUGAAGUAUAUUGCUAUCAAAUGUGUAAAUCAAGAAAAACAACAUCAAAAGCCGCUAAAAUAUAUCCACCACAAGCUAUUGGCCCGCCAAGAAUACUUGGAAGUUUCAAAAAUAUAAAAAAUUAUCUAGACCGCAAUUUGUAUGAGCAUGGAGCAUAUUUGAAAAACAGAGCUUCGAAAAUGACUGUUGGCUUAGAUGCUGUAUCCUUGGAAGGACCUGGGAAUGGUAUAAUUGUCUUUCAAAUGAAUGCAGUUGGUGAUAUUGGAUAUCAAACUCUUGCCAUGAAAAAUCAUCAAGAUGUUUAUGAUUUGUCUAACGUUAUCACUGGAAAAACUUCAGCAACUUUUACAAGCUUUGAAGAAGAACACAACAAAGAGCUUUUAUGCAAUAUGAAGAAGAAAAAUUACGAUGAUUGGAUACAUGAAGUAACAUGCACUGGCACUGAUCAACAUAGAAAAAAUACAGUAAUGAAAAAACACUUUCUACCUCACAAGGAAGCAAGAAUAGAGAAAAGAUUUUUUUCCAAUGUUUUGUUCAAAUCAUCAUUCAUAGUCGAUACUGAUUCUUUAUCUAUGUGUCCUUUAUGCACCACACAUGUAUCUUCCGUAAAUUCAUCAACUGAACCAGAUGAUUCAAGCACAAGUACAUUCUGUCUUUCAUGUUGCACGAGUAUAAAAGGGAGCAAUGCAAUACUAGAAUUACUCAGGAAUCCUGAACAUACUGUGCUUACUCGUUCAUUAGUUGGGAAGAUUGAAAUAGAGGAUAAUGAUAUAUCGAGUGAAUCAGAUUCUGAGACUGUUAAUAUUAGGAACUUGAAUUUGCUCAAUAUUCAACAUACUGGUGAUGAUAUUGAUAAUGAAGUGGGAAGAAUAUUAAAAGCAACAUGGAAAGGAACUUAUCAGGAUUAUUGGGAAUCUUUGAAGCAAUUAGAAAUGCAAAGACAGCAGGAAGAGCAAAACGAACAGGAUCGUCAAACAUUUGAUCUCAGUCAAAGGUCAAUCACAGAAGAUCAGGAAGAAAACAACACAACAGUGGAAAAUGUAUCAAAUAAUGCAAAUGCAGGAUUUUUGAGCAUUUUAUCAAAAAAAACAAAACCAACAGAACCAAGGGUAUCACCAAAACGUAAAAAACGCAAGAAAGACAUUUCUAGUGACGAUCACAGUUUUUUAUCAACUUUUAUGUCAAGCCCUGUACAUGUUUCCCAUAGAAGUCUUACUGCAACAGUUAAUUCAGACUUGAUCAGUUUUCAAAAUCAACCUUCCAUGGGGACAACAUUACCUUUGCCUGAUAUAUCAGUGCUGACAAACCCAACAUUUCAAACUGGGUCAAGUGGAGGUGUGCUAACAUCUGCUAAUGAUAGUGCAGCAGGUAAAAGUUUAGAAAAUUCUCCGUUUUCAUUUUUUUCUCCUCGAAGAGGAAAUUUGACUCCACAGCAUUAUAACGUUUAUUCACCUUCAAAACAUAAAGGCAAUGAAUCACAAUUGCGAUCACCUAGAGUUAGAACGAAAGAUGGUUCGCCCACAAAACAUACUAGAAAGAAAGCGCCAAUAUCACAAGCUAUUGGUUUUUAAAGGAUUUUUAACAAUUUUGUACUUUUCGCAAAUAUUCCUUUUCAAUAAAUUUCACCAAGUUUCGA